GACAUAAAUACGGGUUCAGUGAUGCAGCCACGUUCUGUGAAUCUUCUGUGCCUCAAACCCAACUGGCUUCAGCAAUGGCUGAUAAAGACGCAAAGAAAGCUAAGCAUAAAGCAAAGCUCGAGAAAAAAAGACGAAGAUACCAAGCGUUUGGUUUUAUUGCCGCAGGCAUCAGCGAAGAUGAGACAGACUCAGAAGGCGAGGCCGUGGAGGAAGCACAACAGCAAGACAAGAAGGGAAAAGGGAAGGUCGAUAUUGGCGGAGGUGGGACAGACUUGGCACCAGCAAUAAAUCGAGAAGAUCCAACCGGAGAAACGAUAAAACUUUUUGUAGCUGGCUAUCGAGUCGAUGCUAACAAACCAGAUUGGUUGCACUUCUUUGCCAAAUUCGAUUCCGGGGCAGAUGACGACUGGAUAUCCGAGAGAUUGGUCAGUGAUCUUGGCCUACCGUCGAAGAACGCAGAACAGCUUCUGCAGUGCACAAAUUUUGACGGAACAACAUUCAUCUCGGACCGCGCAGUCGCCGAUAGACUUACUUGGAUCCGCGAUCAAGAAGUGAAGUCAGUCUCAGGAUAUUUUAGGAUCCUUCCAGACGCACCUUUCGAUCUUGUGAUUGGCAAGAACACACUAUUUCGCGAGAAGAUCUUCAAGAAAGGCUCUGCACCCCAUAAGGCUGGUGUCUUGGUGACGAAGAAGAUCACGAAGAAAGAAGCGGAUGAAAAUCAGUCAAAAGCUAUGAAGCAGAAAGCGGAUUCGGAGGCUCUUCUGAAGCGACAGGCUCUAGCUAAGACAAAGGCCCGGGAAAUGAAGCAGACGGGAAGAAGCAACGACCAAGGGAGGAGCGAUGGUAGCACUAACUCGGGGCCAUAGAGUAAAAAAAAUUUUAAAAAAAAUUCCCUGCGCGAAAGGGCGAUGGGGCGAUUCUGAAUCAGCUUAUUUUGACACUGUACUCUACAUCAAAACCAUAUCUGAGCAGGCAUCAAGCUUGUUUCAUAUUGCAUAAUUGAAAAAAAAAAAAAAAAUUCGAAGGAGGAGUCGUCCCCUCCAUAUGAGUUCGCGAGGAUGGAUCAUUAUCGUUCCGAUGCCUUCUGGGUACUCCAAGAUCGAAACAGUCUCGAUCAUCUUGCAGCUAGGAACAUCUCAAAUGGCUCAAUCUACAGAGCUUUCAGAAGGCGGUCAGUGCGUCAGCGGGUGCGGGGCCCAAUUUAACGGUGGAUCCUUACGAUGACGAUUG